AUGUCUGCGGACAAGGAAGAGAACAGGGAAUUCAACCCUCCUGUUAGCCCAAACCAGGCCAAGGCCAAGCAAAGCUUGAAUCUAUUCGUGGUGAGCAAUAAAGAAUCAGAUGCUGUUGACACCGCAAAAAAAAGUGUCGAGGAGCCCUCUGCAAGGGGGGGGAUGGACAUGGAGCAGGAUUUUCUCCGCGGUGCCCCUGUCCCCGUUUGUAACUUACAGUAG